AUGCACGCGAUGGAAGGCGCGGGGUUGCACAUGGCACCUGCGCUUUUCUCCGAAAGCAUGGGGGAGAUGUUGAACCUGAGCAUUUGGGCGACACCGAACAAGAGUGUAACUCACCUGCACAAGUUCAGCAAUCUGGAGGACAUCGACCUGAGCGCGGACGGAAGUCUGAUCCUGAGGCUCAUCAUAUCGUCGGUUUACGCGGUGGUGUGCGCCGUGGGUCUGGUCGGCAACCUGCUCGUGUUCUUCCUGAUGAAGACCAAGCUAGGGAAGAGGAGGAGGAAGAGAUCGGCGAUCAACUUUUUCGUCGUCAACUUGGCGGUGACCGAUUUCCAGUUCGUGCUCACGCUGCCGUUCUGGGCUGCGGACGCGGCGCUGGAUUUCAGCUGGCCCUUCGGUAACGCCAUGUGCAAGAUCGUGCUGUCGGUCACCGUGAUGAACAUGUACGCCAGCGUGUUUUUCCUGACCGCCAUGAGCGUGAGCCGGUACUGGUCGGUGGCGUGCUGCGUCCGAGGGCGCAGGUUCACUUCGGCCAAGCGCGUCUGCGCGGCGCUCUGGGUGCUCGCGAGUGUCGCCACGGCGCCCACGGCUGCCUUCUCCACGGUGACGGUGGUGGCCGGCGAGAGGCUGUGCCUCCUCCGCUUCCCACCUGACGGCCACCCCUGGCUCGCGCUUUAUCACCUCCAGAAAGUGGUGCUCGCCUUCAUCUUGCCCAUGAUCACGCUGUCCAUCUGUAACGCGCUCCUUCUGCGCUUCGUGCGCCGCAGGAUCUUCGCGAACAGCAACCGCCCGAGGAGACGGUCUAAAGUCACCAAAUCCGUCAUCGUCGUGGUCCUUUCGUUCUUUAUCUGCUGGAUGCCCAACCACGCCAUCACGCUCUGGGGAGUGCUUGUGAAACUGAACGCGGUGCGCUGGGACAAGACCUACUACAUGGUCCACACGUACGUGUUCCCGCUGACUGUUUGCCUCGCUCAUGCGAACAGCUGUUUAAACCCGGUGGUGUAUUGCUUAAUGAGGAGGGAGUUCAGAAAGAUGCUGAGGAACCUGUUCUGGGGAGUUUCCUCGCCUGCUAUCACGAAAGCGCGCAGAUCUGGAGGUGACAUGAUGGACCGAGGAUCUGUUUAAACUGUUUAAAAGAGAAAUGUCUAAUCAUCUCGGCCAAAAAAAACACAGUAUUGGUGCUGAUAUUAUUAUUAUUA